UCUCUGGCCUCUUUUUCCAAGCAGAAGCAGAGAUUUGUGGACAGCGAGCUGGAGUGAAGAGAUAGCGGGUUGCUGUGUGACUUUUACAUUUCCCUGAGUGUCUGAGAAGUAAACUAUACCAAGGUGUCAAAUCAAAGGCAGAAACAGUUUCAAACUUAUCUUCGGAGGCCACCAUGCUGGAGGACAAGAAGACCAAGGUGAAAAUCACUUUCUUGGUUAUCCUGGUUGGAGUCUCGUCCAUGUUGGCAGCGGUGGUGACGGACCACUGGGCAGUGCUGAGUCCAAGGGUGGAGCAUUUCAACACCACCUGCGAAGCGGCCCACUUUGGACUCUGGAGGCUGUGUAAAAAGAGUAUUUUCAUUGUGGAGGAAGACCCUCAGGGUAAAGGCUGUGGCCCUAUCAGCCUGCCAGGAGUCAAGAACUGCUCCUACUUCAAACACUUCACAUCAGGGGAAGAGGCUGAAGUUUUUGAAGUAAAGACUCAGAAAGAGUACAACAUCUCAGCUGCUGCCAUUGCCAUCUUCAGUUUGGCCUUCAUGACCCUGGGCAGUCUCUGCCUCCUGGGGGCUUUUGGGAAGGGCAGAGACUACCUGCUGAGACCGGCUGGCAUGUUCUUUGCUUUUGCAGGUCUGUGCAUCGUCAUCUCGGUGGAGAUCAUGAGGCAGUCGGUCAAACGCAUGAUUGACAGCGACGAGACCAUAUGGAUCGAGUACUACUAUUCGUGGUCCUUCGCUUGCGCCUGCGCCGCUUUCACCCUCCUCUUCCUCAGUGGCAUCAGCCUCCUCAUCAUCUCCAUGCCACACAUGCCCAGAAACCCCUGGGAGACCUGCAUGGAUGCCGAACCAGAGCCCAUAGACUAGUGUAGCGUCGACCACAGAGUAAGAGCGCAACGUGACUGACACAGUAGUCACACUAGCAUAGCGAAUGAUAAUGAUGCAUUGCAUUUGUAGAUGAUGAUAGUGAUGCAUUGAAAUUUUUAACUAAGCAUUGACAGAGACGUCAAAUUAAUUAAAGGGAUAGAUUUUCCCAAACUUUUUUUUUUCUAUUUAUUUGUAUAGAUUCGUUGAAAUUGUGCUCAGCAGAAGUCAGUCAGUCAUACAGGUUUCAAGUAAAUGAUUACAUUAAACUAUCUCAUUGAGGUCUAUAUGAAAUAUCUAACAUGAAUUUUGUAUGUUUUACGGGAUAUGGGAAUUAUUAUGUGCAUUCAUGCUUAUAUGCAAUAGACAACAGCUUAGAAUGUAUAUUUAGGGACUUGUUUAUAAUAUGUAAACUUUACAAUCUGUUAUUUAUGAAAUUUCUGCCAUUGAAUGUGAUGAUGGGUGACCAUAAAAGUAGAAGCAAUGCAUAUAUGUUGUACAAGCAGUUUUGGCAAAUACAGAUUCAAUUUAUUAUAGUA